ACUGUUCCACAUAAGUUGCCGACGGGCCUUUGUUUUUGGUCGUCGCAACGAAAAACUGUACGAUGUUUCGCUUGAUCCUUGCGAUCACAUCUGUCACCUUAGCCGUGAGCGCCAUUCCAGCCACGCUACCACACCCUUCGGAAUUAGCCUUCAGAUUAGGCGAAGAAGAGUUUGAAGACUACCUGGAUAAGUGGCUUGAGAUUGAAGAACAGAAAUGGCUUAAUGUAUCAGCAACUGUUACAACACGCAAUGCAUGCACUUUGCGGGUUAACGGCGACUUAGGACAGCCUCAACCAGUCUAUAUCCAUAGAUCAAGAAAUACUUUUUUGACUCCAACUGGAAACAGUGGUCAAAUCCGCCUUAAUGCUAAUGAAGAAGUCAUCGUGUCAUGUCCAGGACCGAGCCGGCUUAUUCGUCAUCCCAAUAUUAUUGCAAAUGUUCAAACUGCUACUGCUAGAUGCAUUAGCAAUAACCUCGUAUCAGGCGUGGGAUGGUUAAAUGGGAAUCGGGCCUUUGGACAAUUGACGUGCUCAAAUCAUCCUUUCUAUGAAGCCCAGCAAACAAACCAAAGAUGUUUCAAUAACCACGUUGUUAUUAGGACAGGAUUUAUUGUUAACAAUGUCUUUCACACUGUAUAUUGGUCUUGCUUCGACCAAAACCGUAUGGAGGUUUUGUACGUUUGGCAUAACCAAAACCCCACUAAUGCUGUUCACCAAACCGGUGUUGACAGGCCAAGCUGGCUACCUGGUGCAUUCUUUCCCGGUGUUAACAUAAACAAUGUCUACACACAAAAUAACCAACGAAACGUCAUUGGAAGAUUGGUAGGAACCAAUAUGGUUGGCCGAUACAUCACUGCGACUCAGUUCUUAGCCCGUGGUCACCUCACUGCUAAAAGUGAUCACGUGUUUGCUUCUGCACAGAGGUCUACUUUCUUCUUUAUUAACGCUGCACCACAAUGGCAACCAUUCAAUGCUGGUAACUGGAACAACCUUGAGCAGAAUCUUCGGAGAAGAAUUGGCGCAGCUGGAUACAAUACUGUCAUCUAUACUGGUACCUUCGGUGUGACACAACUCCGUGAUGGUAAUGGACGUUUUGUAAAUAUUUUCUUGGAGACUAACAACCGAGUACCGGUACCUCAAUACUUCUACAAGGUCGCUUAUGACGCAUCGAGACGCCGUGGUACCGCCUUUAUAAGUAUCAAUAACCCUUACUAUACUCUUGCCGAGGCUAGAGGAUUACAAUUCUGCACGGAUAGAUGUCGUAAUAACGCAGCUUUCAACUGGAUCAACUGGCAGCCUGAUCGCGUGGACAUCGGCUACAGUUUCUGCUGCACGAUCGCUGACUUCAGACGUCGUAUUGCCCACAUUCCAAACUUCGAUGCAUCUAACGGUCUUCUUUCUUAAAUACU